AAACUGGCUGACAUGGCUCAGGUCCUGCAGGCCAGGGAAGCUCAAGCCCUGACACUCAGCAACAAGAAUGCUGACCUACAAGAAGCUGUCAACAUCUUGAAGAGUCAACUGCAGCAGUCAGAGGAAGCAAGAGAGACCGAAAUGACGGACCUGAACCAACUGACGGAGGAGUUCACUCAGCGCAUCUCUUCCAUGGAGAAGAAGCUACAGGUCUCGCAGAAAGAACGAGACAACCUGAAGAAAGACGUCCAGAAACUCAACAAGGAAAUAGCCAGCAGGUCAGCAGAGGAAGAUCAGUUUACGGCUAUGGCUGGCAGUAGCACAUUUGUAGACGGCAACAAUCAGACAGAAGGCAUCUUGAAGGAGAAAGAUGAGACGAUACGAGACCUGAUGGCGAGGGGAGAAACUCUCCAAGCAGCAGCUGCAGAACUCCAACAUCAUCAAGAAGCUACGCAAGAGCAACUGGAUGAAGCCACAACGAGAGUGAGUCACCUUGAAGAGGUAUUGGACGGCAAGGAAGAGCUGGAGAAACAACAGAAAGAUAUCAUCAAGAAGAUGAACAGCGUGGUGGAGCGUCAAGAGAAAGAGAUCAGCAACCUGCGCACUGAGCUGGAGGACUCCAAGGAGAAGACACGAAGCACCCAGGCAGCGCUGGACGCUUCUUACAAACCUGGCCGAGUUGCACAAGAACAUUGCCACAAAGACAGUCAGGUCCAGGAGACCCAGCUGAGCGCCGAGAUGAAUGCUAAGGAGGAGCUGAGAUUAGCCCUGGAGCGCAGCCAGCAAGAAGCAAGAAGAGAUCACGAGUCACUCCUGCUACAGACAGAGCAGCAUCAGGCUCGCAAGGAGGGCCACCUGAGACAGGAGAUAUCAGACCUGCAGAUGAGACUACAGGAAGCGGAGGCACGUAACCAAGAACUCAGCCAAAGCGUCAGUGCAGAUCGAAAACCUGAACACAACCUUCAACGCCCAGUCAGGCAAUUGGGAACAGGUAGAGCGCAGCCUGACGGAACGCCUGGCAGAGAGCCAAGCCAGCUGGCCUCUUCCACCGAGAAGGAGCGCAACGCCACGGAGUGCGCCCUCAUUGCCGAGUCCAAGCUGUCCUCGCUGGAGUCGCAGCUGGCGCUGCUGCGGCAGGACAAGUCGCGGCUGCAGGCCGGGCUGGAGAUGGAACGGGCCAAACUGAAACCCUGGAGGAAGGAAAGGAGAGGUAGAGAGAUGGUCCACACGGAAGCCCAGAUAAGCACGUACACCAAGGCCCUAGAAGAAGCCCAGAGAGAAAGCUCACUUGGAGAAACAGCUGGCGGUGGAGAAGAUGAGGGUGGAGGCGGAACGGCGCAAGCUGCUGCUGGCCAAGACGCCUUGAAUGAGAAGGAGCGGAGGUUGAUGCAGCAGACGGAGGACAGCAACAGUUCCCACGGCAACCAUUCCGAGCAGCACCCCGGUGAAGAAUCUGCCCAGACUCCGGCCCAUUCCACACCCCAACUCAGCAUCGCUGGAGGUCAGCCUCAUCCGUCAUUGAAGGGUUACAAUCACAGCUCAAACAGAGAGAAGGGGAGAUCGUACAAUACAGGAGAGAUUGUCCAGCUUGAGCGUACCCGGGCCUCAAUGGCGGAGGAGAUCGUCAAAACUGUCCAACCUGAACGAGGACACUGGAUGAACAGGCCACGCUGGUGCCAGAGUAUAAGAGGAAACUAUG